AUGAACGACACGAAAGCUUGGGAGGUGGACACGCUGCGAGGGCACUUCAACAAUGUCUCGUGCGUGAUGUUCCAUCCCAAAAAGGAGCUGAUCCUGUCGAACUCCGAGGACAGGACGAUUCGAGUCUGGGACGUGACGAAGCGGACUGGCAUCCACACCUUCAGACGCGAGAACGAUCGCUUCUGGAUCAUCACUGCUCAUAGGUCUUCGAAUUUGAUUGCCGUGGGGCAUGAUGCAGGGAUGGUUGUUUUCAAGCUGGACUGCGAGCGACCCCUGGCGCAGUGCCACGGGCACAGCCUCUUCGUCGUGCAGGACCGAGAGGUUCAGGUGGUAGACUUGGACAAGGGCCUCAAAGGUGUGCAGCUUGGGUCCUGUCGAAGAGCUGCCAACGCGAUGACCGCUGGCUUGAAGUCACUGCAGUUCAAUACCUACAACCCGACUGAGACCAACAUCUUAGUCUUUUACACGCAGGACGGUGGUUGCUAUGACCUUUUCGUGGGAGCUAGCAACAUCACCGCAGACACGAACAUCUCCCCGAAGCAGGGCAAUGCACAGGGCCUCGUCGGUGGAAACAUCACGUUGACAUCGGAACAGGUCACAAUCAUGAAGAAGCACCGGAAUAUUGUGCUCUGUGGCCCCAAUGCAGCCGGCAAGACUACUCUGCUCUACAAGCUGAAGCUGCCAAACGAAAAAACCACCGUGAUGCCUACCAUUGGCUUCAAUGUCGAGUCUAUCCAGUACAAUCUCCAGGUCUUUGACAUUUGGGACCUCGGUCUUCGAAGCAAGGCGCGGCCUCUCGUCAGGCACUAUAUCCCGACUUGCCAUGCCGUUGCUUUGAUGAUUGAUGUGCACGACGAUGACUGGCUGGAUGCUGAGGACUUCUUCGAGCUUAUCCUGCACAACCUGGACGAUCACAACCUCCAUGUGCCGCUGCUCAUUUGGGUGAACAAGAUGGAUCUACCUGUGAAGGUCCAGCCCCAUGAGGUUUGCGAGAGGCUGAAGCUGGAGCAGCAUGCAAGAUGCCGUCCUAUUCAUGUCCAGCCGUGCAUCGCGCUGAACGAUGAAGGCCUCAAGGAGGGCCUCGACUUCCUCGGCGCUGCCAUUGCCGGCGAGAUCCCAUUUGGGCUUACUCUGGCUUCGACUCCAGAGACAUCCAAGCCGGCAUCGACUACGCGAGGAAUUGCUCCGCCUGCAAAGCCCAGCCCAGCAGGAGGUGAAGUCCCCAAGAGUGACGAGGUCUUCUUGGAGGCUUUCGAAGCUGGAGAACUGCCAAGCUUCGGUCCAAAGGAGAUGAUGCGCCUGGCCUUCCUGCAGCGCCGUCGCGGUGGCACUGCACAGAUGACACUCCAGGCGGCCAAGCUGGCAGGCUAUGUCAAGCAUGCUACGCGGAUGCAUUUCUGGGCCUCUCGAGUGUUCGAGACACCCCUGGAGUCUGCCGAGACAUCUCUCGCAUUCUUAGCAAAGCAUCCAGACCUCUUUCCUGAAGACGCAGAUGCCCAGGAAGCAUUGGUCGCUGCGGCAUACAGCGAGCGUGUCGACACUGACCCCACCUGGGCGCUCGUGGCGCAACCACCGGACCGGCUCCACAGCGGCCGGGAGGCAGAUGCGGCCUUUCUUGCCCGAGUCGAAGAGCUCAUGAUCGAAGCAGAUGAGCUCAGCUCGUUUCGAUCGUUGGUCCGGUUGGCAUUCACCUUGCUCUGCCAGCAGGAUCGCAAGUCGGCCAUCAAGCGGCUCGACACGGCUCUGCAGAAGCUGGCAGAGGGUUGGACAACACCCGCCGGUGAAUCUGCUCUGCGCCCUUUCCAUGAGACACGCCAGUACGUUGCACUGCAGCUGGCCCACCUGGCUUUGACGCAGUGUCCAGAGUUGAAGACGGGCAGCUUCUCCAAGUUGGAAGAGCGCUGCCCCGAUCUUUGUGAUGAGGAUUGCAUCUUCAAGUACUACUCCGAAGAGGUUCUGCAAAACGGCCGAAAAGCUUUCGUCCCCCCGGAUCGAGAGCCGUUGCCCUCCGUGGUGAAG